AUGACAUCCAGAAGUAUCGUGGACGUGCUCGCUUCAUCGGACUGUGAGGAGUCAGUUUUAUGUGCCAAGAAUCUUGCAAAGAAAGACUUCUUCAGACUUCCCGACCCUUUUGCCAAGAUUGUCGUUGACGGGUCUGGGCAGUGCCACUCCACUGACACUGUGAAAAACACGUUGGACCCAAAGUGGAACCAGCACUAUGAUCUAUAUGUUGGGAAGACGGAUUCCAUAACCAUCAGCGUGUGGAACCACAAGAAGAUUCACAAGAAGCAAGGGGCUGGCUUCCUCGGCUGUGUGCGGCUGCUGUCCAACGCCAUCAGCAGACUGAAAGACACCGGAUACCAGCGUUUGGAUCUAUGCAAACUAAAUCCCUCAGAUACUGAUGCAGUCCGUGGCCAAAUAGUGGUCAGUUUACAGACACGAGACCGAAUCGGCACGGGCGGCUCAGUGGUGGACUGCAGAGGACUGCUAGAAAAUGAAGGAACUGUCUAUGAAGACUCCGGGCCUGGGCGGCCGCUCAGCUGCUUCAUGGAGGAGCCGGCCCCGUACACGGACAGCACCGGGGCGGCCGCCGGGGGAGGCAACUGCAGGUUUGCCGAGUCCCCGAGUCAUGACCAGAGGCUUCAGGUGCAGCGGCUUCGGAACCCCGAGGUCCGGGGCUCCCUGCAGACACCACAGAACCGUCCUCAUGGCCACCAGUCACCAGAGUUGCCCGAAGGCUACGAGCAAAGAACCACCGUGCAGGGGCAGGUUUACUUUCUGCACACUCAGACAGGGGUGAGCACCUGGCACGACCCCAGGAUCCCCAGAGACCUGAACAGUGUGAACUGUGAUGAGCUUGGGCCACUGCCGCCUGGCUGGGAAGUCAGGAGCACUGUUUCUGGAAGGAUCUAUUUCGUAGAUCACAAUAACCGGACCACCCAGUUCACAGACCCGAGGCUGCACCACAUCAUGAAUCACCAGUGCCAACUUAAGGAGCCCAGCCAGCCGCUGCCGCUGCCCAGUGAGGGCUCCGUGGAGGACGAGGAGCUGCCCGCCCAGAGGUACGAGCGGGACCUCGUCCAGAAGCUCAAAGUCCUCAGACAUGAACUCUCACUGCAGCAGCCCCAGGCUGGCCACUGUCGCAUCGAAGUCUCUCGAGAAGAAAUAUUUGAGGAGUCUUACCGCCAGAUCAUGAAGAUGCGUCCCAAGGACCUGAAGAAGCGGCUGAUGGUGAAGUUCCGUGGGGAGGAGGGUCUGGACUACGGCGGGGUGGCCAGGGAGUGGCUCUACUUACUGUGCCAUGAAAUGCUGAAUCCUUACUACGGACUCUUCCAGUACUCCACCGACAACAUUUACAUGCUGCAGAUCAAUCCAGACUCUUCCAUCAACCCGGACCAUCUGUCUUACUUCCACUUCGUGGGCCGGAUCAUGGGGCUGGCUGUGUUCCAUGGGCACUAUAUCAAUGGGGGCUUCACGGUGCCCUUCUACAAGCAGCUCCUGGGGAAGCCCAUCCAGCUGUCGGACCUGGAGUCGGUGGACCCGGAGCUACACAAGAGUCUGGUGUGGAUUCUGGAGAACGACAUCACCCCCGUGCUGGACCACACCUUCUGCGUGGAGCACAACGCCUUUGGGCGGAUCCUGCAGCACGAGCUGAAGCCCAACGGCAGGAAUGUCCCUGUCACCGAGGAGAACAAGAAGGAAUACGUCCGAUUGUAUGUCAACUGGAGGUUCAUGCGGGGAAUUGAGGCGCAGUUCCUGGCCCUCCAGAAGGGCUUCAACGAGCUCAUCCCCCAGCACUUACUGAAGCCCUUUGACCAGAAGGAGCUGGAGUUGAUCAUUGGCGGCCUGGACAAGAUCGACCUGAACGACUGGAAGUCCAACACGCGCCUGAAACACUGCGUGGCGGACAGCAGCAUCGUCCGCUGGUUCUGGCAGGCGGUCGAGGCCUUCGACGAGGAGCGGCGGGCCCGGCUCCUACAGUUCGUCACCGGUUCCACGCGUGUUCCUCUCCAGGGCUUCAAAGCCCUGCAAGGCUCUACAGGCGCCGCAGGGCCUCGGCUCUUCACCAUCCACCUGAUAGACGCCAACACAGACAACCUGCCCAAGGCCCACACCUGCUUUAACCGCAUCGACAUCCCGCCCUACGAGUCGUACGAGAAGCUGUACGAGAAGCUGCUGACGGCCGUGGAGGAGACGUGCGGGUUUGCCGUGGAGUGA